AUGCCUAUGUUCAGAUCACCACUUACAGGAAGAUGGGCCUUAUUCUUUCCGCCUAUUUUUCAUUUCUUGGCUUACUGUGGUCUCGGAAUCUUUGCAGCCAUGAUUCAGCUUAAUUUGGCCACAACUUGGUCACGAUCUUCUCUCGAUAGCUUAUAUG